AUGGGUCGCAGAAGGGCCAGCCUUUGGGCGCUUUUCCCAUGCUGCAACCCCAAGAAAAAGGCCAAGACAAGAAAUAAGUUGGCCUCAUCCCAAGUCCUGGAAGCAGAGUGGCCGGAGGAGUUGGCCACAUCUCAACAACUAAAGGCAUGCAGGGAGCAGCUUCUUACAAGAGAAGCGGAAAUCGCGGAGCUGAAAGCCGAAAGGAACAACACCAGGCUGCUGCUGGAACACCUGGAGAUCCUGGUUUCCCGGUAUGUGCCGUCCCUCCGGAUGACGGCGGGCCCGCAGCAGGCGCAGUCCCCAGCCAGCAUGACCAGCGAGGUGGAGCUGCUCAGGGCGCUGAGAUUGCUCUUUGAGCACCACAAGGCCCUGGACGAGAAGUGGAGAGAGCAACUACGACACGCUCUCGAAAGGUGUAGUUCCUUAGAAGAGGAAUUAAGGACCGCAGACAAACAGGUGCAGAGCCAGAGGGAGCAGGACUGGGAGUCCGCGCAGCAGGCCCGCAUGGUGGCCAGCGUGGCCCAGGCCUUCGAGAGUGACGAGGAUGUGUCUGACGGCGAGGGCAACGGGGUCACCCUCCUCAGCUCGGCCGGUCAGCUGCCGCCUAGUGGGCAGGCCGAUGGCGACACUCUUCCUGUGAUGCUUCAGGAGCCGCUGGACGCCAUCAGUGAAGAGAUCCGGUGGGUGCGCUUUAACUCAGCUCCCCAGAACCUGGGCUUCUCUGAGGAGCUGUCUUCUCCUCUGAGCCCCAAGGUGGGUGAGGUGCCGAGGCGGUGUCCUCUGCGGCCCGUGUGCCCCCCAGCCCUCCGGGUGUCCGCGGGCCCCGAGGCCUGCCUGGGCCACACGCGCACAGUUACGCCCCUGUCCCGGGCCUGUGUCCAGAGCGGCCGCAGGCCGGUGACCGUGCGCAGGACCAGGCAGAGCUGCUGCUCAGAUAGUUCUCGUCACGUCAGCCCAGGCCGAGGGAAGAUGAAGGUGGUCAACCUCAGGUGGAUCCAGGAGGAGAAGGAGAGCUCGGAGCAGCGGGCCGAGGAGACUGACAGCAGGGCGGGCGGGGCGCGCUUAGGCAGCCUUCGGCGUUUUAAGUCCCUGAGCUCCCUCAACCUGUGUCCUGCCUCCUCACUUGCCUGCUCCUGCCCGCCCAGCAGGGAGCGCUCCCCACCCCGAGGGAGGCAGCACAGCCCGGAGCUCCAGGGAGAUCGGCUGGACGUCCUGACUCCGGUGCAGAGUCAGAGGGAGCAGGACUGGGAGUCCGCGCAGCAGGCCCGCGUGGUGGCCAGCGUGGCCCAGGCCUUCGAGAGUGACGAGGAUGUGUCUGACGGCGAGGGCAACGGGGUCACCCUCCUCAGCUCGGCCGGUCAGCUGCCGCCCAGUGGGGAGGCCGAUGGCGACACUCUUCCUGUGAUGCUUCAAGAGCCGCUGGACGACAUCAGUGAAGAGAUCCGGUGGAUCCAGGAGGAGAAGGAGAGCUCGGAGCAGCGGGCCGAGGAGACUGACAGCAGGGCGGGCGGGGCGCGCUUAGGCAGCCUUCGGCGUUUAAAGUCCCUGAGCUCCCUCAACCUGUGUCCUGCCUCCUCACUUGCCGGCUCCUGCCCGCCCAGCAGAGAGCGCUCCCCGCCCCGAAGGGGGCGGCACAGCCCAGCGCUCCAGGGAGACCGGCUGGGCGUCCUGACUCCGCUGCCAGCUUUAAUGGAAGAGGAAGAAGACGACGAGACCAGCAUCAAAGGUGGAACCUCGAGCCCUGCCUCGCCACGGUCCCUUCGGCUGGACCGGCUGCACACGGGGGCGCUGCGCGCGGCCGGCCCCGAGGACGUCAGGGACGCCCGCAACUCGACCGGCUCUCAGGACGGCCCCGGGGGCAACCCCAGCAGCAGCACCAUCAGCCAGGACUCGCUGCACAAAGCCGCGAAGAAGAAGGGCAUCAGGUCCUGCAUCGGCCGCUUGUUUGGCAAGAAGUAAAAGGGCCGGCCUGCUCCCGGCAGGGAGGCCUUAGGACCAGGAGCGGAGGAGGCAUCCGUCUUCUCGCGGGGCGCCAAGGUCACGUUCUCUGCCGCUGAGGGCUCUCCAGGGCCGACCUCCGGAGACCCGCCGACCCUCCACUCCCAGGGCGUGGCCUCCGUGCCCCCUCGGGACCAGGCCGGCCUGUGCUCACCCCGAAGCUCAGCAGGAGUGAGUCCUGAGUGUGGCGGAGUCCAGCCUCUGCGUUCCCGCCACGCUGCCGGGUCCCAGGAGCGCGGGAGGAAGCGUGUAAACCCAGAGUGCGACAGGAUGCUGUACACGGCCAGCCACACGGACGUCAGGGACGCCUGCAAUUGUGGGCACGAGCUGCUUCAGGAAGCCUGGAGACAAGGCUUGCGUUUUGCACAAUGGGAGGGGCCGGCUGCUGUGGUCUGGCGGGAGCUCUGGGUCGGGAUGCCGGCCUGGUAUGUGGCUGCUUGCCCAGCCAGCGUGAAGAACGACGCCAUCAUGUCCGCCCUGUUGGGCACAGGGAUCCAGCGUGAGAUCGGCAUCAAACCGCUGCGCCAGCUGAAGCUGCGGCUGGCGAUCCGGGAGAUCACGUCCCUGAGCAGCCCCUCCGCCCCUCCCACGUCCAGAACCACCCUUGCAUACAGGGACGUGAGCCUCGAGCGGAUCGGCACCGAGUGACUGCCCAGCCUGGGCCUCCGGCAGUGCCGCAGCUACCUCAUGGAGUGCCUUGUGGACACGCGGAUGCUGGACCACUUGACCGAGAAAGACCUUUGCGGACGACUGAAAAUGGUUGACAGUUUUCACAGAAACAGUUUGCAGUGUGGAAUUGUGUGCCUGUGAAGGUUGAAUUAUGACUGAAAAGAACUGGAAAGGAAAAGAGAAGAAAGCCAGAAUGAACUAGCACAGAAUGAAAGGCUAGUCCCGUCCUCGCUGUCCCCACCCUCGGGCCCCUGCACGCUGUCAGUCGAUGGGGCGAAGGAAGAAGAUCAGCCCCGUGCUCUGCCCUCCCUGAAGCGGCCUGUGGAGAGCGGCAUGGCCCCCAGGACAGCAGAUCACGGGGCUCCAGGCCACGAGGGCCCGGCCACUGACCCACAACGUGGCGGGAACGCAGAGGCUGGACUCCGCCACAGUCAGGACUCACUCCUGCUGAGCUUCGGGGUGAGCACAGGCCGGCCUGGUCCCGAGGGGGCACGGAGGCCACGCCCUGGGAGUGGAGGGUCGGCGGGUCUCCGGAGGUCGGCCCUGGAGAGCCCUCAGCGGCAGAGAACGGCAGUGUCCUUCCAGAUUCACGGUCGCCUUGAUAUCUCAAGCCCAAGUCCUGAGUUGCGUCCCAGUCCGGCUAGGCAGAGGCCUGGGAACACCCAUGCUCAGGGGCUGAAAGGAUCCCAGGGGGACAGCCAGGCCCCAGCGGGUGGCGGGGCAGGGGACGAGGGUGGCCGCCCACAGAGGGCCCCGCAGCAGCACUGCAAGGACAGCAGCGAUGCCUCAGCUCACUCGGGGACGCUGCCGGCCUAG